AAGUGCCAGUACCCAGUAUACCCAGUGCCAGUACCCAGUACCAAUACCAGUACCAAUAGCCCCGCUAGUACCUACACCGCGUGUCUUAUGGUCCGAGCGUGGUACUCUCCAAAGACUAUAUACCAUAAAGUGGUGUGCUGCGCGGGUGUUCACGUGCGAGCUCUUACGCGUCUCGUUCCGACAAUGUGUGUGCAAUAAAUGUGCGAUUUAUAUGACUUAUUUGUUAACAAACAAUCAUGUUUACACGGUUCGACGCGAAUAAGUCGACCAAAGGGGCCAGUAAAUUACGAAGAGACCUAAUAAACGCGGAAAUCGCUAAUCUUCGCGAGCUUCUUCCGCUGCCUCCAUCCACUCGACAGAGGCUUUCCCAGCUCCAGCUGAUGGCUCUGGUCUGCGUCUACGUCAGAAAAGCCAACUAUUUCCAGCAAGCUUUCAAAUGCCACGACGUCGCCGGAUUGCACCAGCCACCAACGCCCAACAUCGGAUUUUCAAAGGCGAUGAGCGGCUUCUUGAUGAUGAUGACGCAAAACGGCAAGCUUCUGUACAUCUCGGACAACGCCGCUGAAUAUUUGGGCCAUUCGAUGGUGAGUGUUCUGAAGGAGGAUCUGCUUAUACACGGAGACAGCGUCUACGACAUCAUCGACAAGCAGGAUCAUCAAGCCAUCCAAUGCGAGCUGGGACGGCCGGUGAAUUCUGGAAAUGGCGGUGGCGGCGGUGAAGAGGUGCGGCUGUUCCUGUGCAGGAUGAACGUGUCUAGAAAUGCCAGGAGGCAGAUGAGAUUCGGAGACCAAAAGGUGGUAUUGGUUCAGGGUCGGUAUCUGUCGUUCCUUCCACUCUGCAGCCGCAACGAGCCCGUCUUCUUGGCGACCUGCACUCCUGUCGCGAUGCCCGAAACGAGAGAGUGCGUCGUCCAGGGCGCCACCAACGUCUUCACCUCUAUCCAUUCCAUGGACAUGCGAUUUAUUCACAUAGACAACAACGGUGAAUUCUACUUGGGCUUUUCGCGAGAAGACCUACAGGGGGUAUCCUGGUACCGACUGCUGCAUUGGGAAUGUACGAGAGAAGCGCAGACUAAACAUAGAUUAAUUACUCAAUCGGAACAGGAACGCUCGUGCAUUCUGCUAGCGCAGUUCCAGCGGAGAUCGGGCGAUUGGAUCUGGAUGCAUUGCGUUCUGCAAGUGAAGGAAAGCUCGGAAAGCAACCAACAACCCGUCAUCGUUUGCACCAACCAAGUACUUAGCGAGGCCGAAGCUUUGGUGAUGAAAACCAAUAGUUGGCUCUACCAUUACUAUUCCGUCCAAAACAAAUUGCAAUAUGGAUUGGCCUACGAUGUAGGACCUCCGACGCGUCUCCUUUACUACCCCGAACAUCCUCAAGGGACGGACUUUGGUACUUCGCAUGAAGCUUCCGCCUACACUCAUCUAUCCUCCAUGCCUACUACACAUAACAUCACGCACCUGACCCAUCAUACAGGUCCGACUCAGGCGCACCACGGCCAGCAUCAUCAUCACCAUAGAAGAGCCGGCGACUCAGAGCCAGUUGACUACUCCUACAGCAAACGCAAACCCAAGGACCUCCAAAAUCUAGAACUGGAGGUUACGGAUGUCGAGACGUCCGCAGAUAUGAACGGAGGACGCGGUAGUGGCAGUGGCGGCGGUUUACUGGUCGUAUCGCACAUGACGGAAAGGCCGCCGCGGACGUUGUUAAAGAUCGAUCCAAGUGACUUAAUGGAUCAAUGGAAUCCGAGCCCGCCGUGGUCCGACACUCUUCAAAAGGUUCCCGAUCUGUGCCAUCAAGAACUAAGCCCUUACAUAGGCAGUGCACCACCAACACCAACAGCGACGCCUAGCACUCAUCAUGCGGGAAGUGCAUUCUCCUUCGACUGGAUGCCGGAGCAGUAUGUCCCCACACUGUCCGCUGCCAAUAUCUUAGCACCUGUCGAAGAUGUUGAUAGACAGAACUACUGGCCAUCAACAGAACAUCGCCUGUUUCCUCUGCAGCCGCCGCCGAAGCGCAACCAGCCACCACCUGGACGUUCGGAAUCUGCGGAUCGCGACACUCCUUAGCAUAUUGACACCUAGCAUAUUACUAUUAGUGCAAUAUUACUAGCUAAUAAUGCAAAGACUUUAGGGUCCCACACUUAGGAGCACAAUUACUUUAGUUUAAUUUGAACUCAAUCUCUUUCCUGUGGACAGAAGCUACCAAAUGAUUCCUACUAUUAAUUGUGUUCAUCCAGUGACCAACAAGCAAAAAAGUAAACAAUCAAAACAUAAAUAAUAAAGAAAACACACAUGCAGAUGGUUCCUUCAAAAUAACAUAUUGCAUAACUGAUGUGGUAAGAACCGUUUUGUGAUAGAUCAGCAACUAAACCACAGCAAAACAUCGGAAAAAAAAACGCAAAAGCAAACAAACAUAUGACGUAUACAGCUGAUUGUAAUUAAGUUCCUGUAAUUUCUAAGAGCAUAACUACUACACACAUCUACACUAAAAAACACAAUACACUUACAACAGACAGAACAUUCCCUUAUUUAUGCAAAAAGAUUUUAGGUAUUGACGUUCCGAGGGAUAGUCAAUGAAAUCCAAGUAUUAUUUAAGUUUCUUAAAGUUAAUUCAGUGUUUCCCAUGUUCUUUUUUACAAUACGGAAAAUCGGAAACACUGCGUUAAUUUAUACCAUACACGUACAUGUUAUAAUGAAAUUCUUUCAUGGCUAGUAGAAUCUCGAUUAUUAAAUAGGUAAAUCUCAUGAUUCAAAUAUACAAAGUAGUACAAGAAGACAUUCAUUAUUUGUUAUUAUUUACGCAUUGCUAUCAUAAUUAAAGCCAUUUUGGUUUAAAAAUUCACGGAACAGUUUCCUACCUUGUAAUAUUCGAUUAUGAGUAAAUUGCACUUUUUAAAGUUUUAUUACAAACUUCUGGCCAGAUACAUUUAAAACGAGCCGAAAGGAAAGUAAAAAAAACUUGUUAUAACAUAAAUGGUUUAUUGUAAUUCGCCAGCCAGGAUAAUAAAAAAUAUAUUUAGUUUAAUAAAUAAUUAUUAGAACUAUAUGGACGUUAUCUUUCAGAAUAUAUUUAAUCGAGAUUAUACUACGAGUAUAAAGUUAUAAUUUUAAGAGAACACUUUUAUAGUUGAACACAGUUCAACAUUAGGCAUGUAAAUGUAUCAGUAUUAUGUUUUUUUUUUUUAAUUAUUAUUU